ACGUAUAUAUGUAUGUAAUGUAUGACGUAUAAUGAGAUCGUUCAAAGAUUUAUUCUUUUCUUUUUUUUUUCUUUUCUUUCUUUCUUUCUUUCUUUUUUCUCUUCUUUUUUUUUCAUUUUCUGCACGUUUAUCAUGUUGACGUCGAGCUUUAGUAACGAUAAGAGGAAAGAGUAACGGUAGCGAGACGACGCGUCGUUAACGAUGACGACGUCGCCGUCGUCGUCGUCGUUGUCGUCGUCGUUGUCGUCGUCGUUGUCGUCGUCGUUGUCGACGAUGACGACGACGUUGUCAGUUUCGACGUCAAUAUUGUAACUAAUAUAUUGAAAUGAGAAUAUAAUAUGUCGGUGAUGGUUUUAGUAUAGUAUAAACUAUAGAAAGUUAAUAAUAAGUGUUUAAUAUAUCAUUGUUAAUUCGAUAAAUACGUAGAUAAACAAAUUGUUUGUUUCACGGUAUGACUCGCGAUACUUCUUGUUAAUUUGUUAUUUAGAUACUUUUGUUAAACGGUCGAAGAGUUUCGUAUUCGUUCACUGUGUAUAUAUAUAUAUAUAUAUAUAUAUAUAUAUAUAUAUAUAUAUACAACAGUCGGAAGAAUUUUUAAAAACGAUUUCUCGUACAAUACGAAUGGUUCAAUUUUAUUUCAUUCCGGGAUUUUAUAUCAUCUACGACGAUAUUAUUCGACGAUCGCCGUUUUGAUUGAAUCGUUCGAUCGAUGUAAGUAUAUAUCGCCAUUAACGAUAGCGGAACGGAAUGUUAUGUCCUUGAUUUGAUUAGAAUUUAGAAAGCCUUUUAUUUUGUUUAUACGUAUUUAGAUCUAAAAGGUAUUAUAUAUUACUCGUGAAUUUCUUCUGUUAUAAUAAUAAAUAAUAAAAGAAUCGUAGUUUAAUCGUAGAUAUUAAUCGCAAUUAUUUUCUCAUGUAUAAUCUAUUAAGUUAAUUUAUAUACUAAUCGUAAAUAAACAAUUUAUUUUGUAUCUAUGGCACAGAACGCUUAAUUUCAAGUAUGCACAAUUAAUGAUAUAAUAAAUAUGUGGAAAAAAAAAAAUAAUAAUAAUAUUUGCAUGAUGUUCUCGAUAAUCACUUUGGCUGGCUUAAAAAUAUCUGCACAUAUAUUAUCUUCUUUCAUCAAAAGAGAUGAUAUGUCAAAGUUUUUUUAAAUUGAUAAAUAUAUAUGUACACAUACACGUACACACACAACAUAUCAUACAUAAACAUAUGUGUAAUAUUAUAAUAUGUAUAUGUAUACGUAUGUAUGUGUAUGUAUAUGUAUAUGUAUAUAUAAAUAUAUGUAUAUAUCUUUGUUCCUUUCUCUGUGUCCUUACAUACAGUGAAAUCAACGGUGCAAAACUGGUUACUAUUUCGGCUCUCGAAAACAUCAAAAUGCCAUUAUAUUCGAGAUCGAACAAUUGUGCCUCGAAGCUAGUGAUCGUUCUACAGUUCACAGCUUGGAUCUCAGUUGGCGUAGUUCUUCUUCAAAAAGGCGUAACCUCCUUGCGAAGUCAGUCCACAAUAGAAACAAAAGGCGAUACACAGGAAAGAAAUGAUGCGACGAUCAGAUACUUAAAUGAUAAAACAAAGAGAACGGCGGAUAAAGAUGAUAUUUUUAAUGAUAUUACGAAAUAUAAAAAAGAUUUAACCGUUAAUUUGAAAUUAUAUCAGGAAAAGGAAAACGAUAUGUCGGAAAGACAUUGGAGCCGACGUUCGAGUGCGACGAAUGAACGUAAUCACGUUGAAAAUAAUGUUAUUGAAGAUAUUAAUGGUGGGCAUUCAAUAACAAAGAAAUUGAACGAACUCAAGGAAGAGAAGAAAGAAGAAGAAGAAGAAAAAAAAGAUAAAGAAGAAAGAGAAAAAAAGAAGAACGAUUUGAUUAAUUCAAGUGAAACGAGCACGCAACGUGACGUCUAUGAUUCGUCAUAUCAGUCGAAUAAAACCGAAGAUUACGAUAAUACCGUCGUCGAUCCUGCUAAAACGUUAAGUUCAACUGCAACGACUAAUUGGGGAAAGGAAAAAAAAAUACGUAGUCGUGCGAAUGCCGGCGGUGCUGCGGCCGCCAUUGCUAUGGUCGCCGUUGGUGCAGCUAUGCUCGUAGUUGGACCUAUGGUCAUUGUUUUACGUGCUCUUGAUAAAAGACGACAAGAAAGAAGAUAUUUAAAAUCAUUGAGGUGGGACGAUCAACCGCCUACUUACGAGCAAGCGACAUUAAUGAAUGAAGUUCCGAGAUAUUCAACCUUAAGUUUAAAUACCGUCCAUAAUUCCCGCGGUCCUUCCACAUCCUCCUCGCGGCCUACCGCAACUUCCUUCGAAAGAUCUCCUUAGGUUAAUUUAUUUUUAUAUUUUAUUGAUGCAUACGCGUGAUUAUUUUGUUCGUACGAAUCGAGAUCUUUUUGUUUUCUUUUUUUUUUUUUUUUUAUUAUAUUUUUUCCUUAUUUGUUUUUCCCCUUCCUUCUCUCUUUCUCUCUUUUCUUCUUUCCUCUUCUUUUCGUUAAUUAUCGAUAUAUUCUUUUGUAUAUUAUUAAUCUUUAAGUAAGUUAGAUUUCUUAGAGAUUUUUUUAGAGAGCGUAAAAUAAAAUUCGUUGAAAUUGAUUGCGCAAGUCGAUAAUGAGUUUUCGAAAUAAUCGUAGGUUUUUUUUAAUCGUACCUUAAUAAUAAUUGACUGCCAGACAGUAUAAAUGAUAAUUAAAGGGUGUAUAUAUAUAUAAUAUUAGUUUUAAUAUAAAUUUAAUUAUUGUAUAGUGGAAAAGAGAUAAAAUACGUAUAUAUGUAUAUAUAUCUUUUUUAAAAUUCAGAUCAAAAAAUGAUCGAUAGAGAUUAAUGAAGUUAAGAAGUCUGAGUGCUUAUCUUCAUUUGUUUCUUAUCAAUGCAAUACAUUUUUAUAAUCAAUUGUGAAUUAUGAUAAAAAGAAUUUAUAAUAGCAUUUUUUUUUGUUUUUUUUAAUUUUUCUCAACUUUUUUUUUCUUUUUACAUAGCUACGUAUGGAUUAUAAUAUUUCAUAAAAGCAAUUUAAGUAUGUAUUGAAAAAAAGAAAAUUGAAACAAAUACAAAAAAUAAAUUUAUCUAAAUUAACCCAUUCGAAUCUCUCGAUCGAUUAUUUUGGUUUUUUAAUAAUUUAUUUAUACAUUAUUUAAAUGGUGAGUAUAGAUUCUAAUCGAAAAAAGUAUGCGGAAAGUAUACAGCUCUAUUACCAAUAUUCAUCUUUUGAAAUUUUCUAAAGUAUAUCACGUUAUCAUUUGAAAAUCGUUUCUUAUAAUUUUAUUUUAUAAAUUUCGCACGCGUCUUCAUAAUUCUGUUAAUAGAUUAUCGCAUAUUGUUAUUUUAUCUUUGCAAAGGACUGAGUCAUUUAUUUAAUCGAAUAUUUGAAAAAUACAUUUUUAUGUCGGCACAGAAAACACAUUUUUAUGUCGGCAUAGAAAACACAUUUUUAUAUCGUUGGUACUGAUAGCAAAUAGCAGCAGCAGCAGCAGUGUAGGUAGUGUAGUAGUAGUAGUGUAGUGUGUAGCAGUGUAAUAGUAGUAGUAGUAGUGUAGUAGUAGUUACGUGUACCAACGUAACAUUGAGGAAGCGUUCUGUCUGUAACGGUUUCGGCUAAACAAAAUUUAAGAUAAUUGAUAUUUAUUAUAUUUUAGUUGAAUAA